AUGCCAUUCCAAAAGCCAGGCAACAAGAAAAUUGACGGGGCUGGAUACGGAAGCGUUCUCAACUUCUUCAAGCCCCUUGCUCAGUCCAGGCCACACACGCCUCCUCAAGCUUUACGCAGCUCCGCGACCGCAAGCACGCCGCUCUCCUCCCCCCCGCCGUCCUCGCUGCCGAGCCACACCACUACCCCGGUUCGGCCCGCUACCUCAGUAAUCCCUGCUUCCGACGAUGACAAGAGCGAUGGAGGCUACUCUGACGACUCGCUCGAGGAUCUCUCGACUCUCCUCGGGCGUCGUCAACCCCCAACCGCGCUGCCGCCUCCCCAGAGGCCACAGCACAGUCCCUACGUAACACCAAGAGCGAAGCGGACCGAGGUUCACUUCCACUCAUCGCCGCUGGCCUUUAUGCCCAAACACAAGUUCGAUUUCAAGGCGCUGGCGAAGGAUGCGCGCCUCGAUGAUGCGACCACGGCGAGCUCCAUGAGAGCAAAGACCGCUGCCGAUGAAACCGAGCACAAGGCAAAGCUGUCGAGAAACGACGCGCCUGGCGAUGCCUUCAUGGACAUCGUCAAGGAGAGGAGUGGGCAGGAUGCUCAAAAGGUCCUCAGAGCGGUGCAGCGAUCGGGGUCGGACCAUUCCCAACAGCGGUAUUGCUUCUUUGACCCGGACUACAGGUGUCCGCUGAGCACAGCGGCUCCGAGGGACGCAAGAACCGGGCCGUGGCGAUUGCUCACCCAUGGGAACGUGAAACUCAGAGAGCAGCACCUCGCAUCGGGUGUGCUACAGACGGCGAUUCGCAAGAUGAACAACCUACCGGAUUCGCUGCUGGAAUGGAUUCUCGACGAGCUGUGUAUCCAAAAAUCCAUGCUGAUGCGGUCCGAGUACUGCAGCAUUGUCGCAGAUUGCCCCGAGCAAAUCGCUCGGCUCAUCACCCCGCAGCGACUCCAGGAGCUGUUCCUUCGCUUAGGGGCGGACAAGAAUCUAGAGGAAGAAGGCUUUGAGCUGUCCUUGUCCAAUCUGGAUCAAGAGCCUUAUCGAGACCGUGACUGGACAUGCCUUCAGUCGUUUCUCUGGCUUCUUGGUACGAUAUCGCCGCAUUUGUCCGUAUCGGCUGUCAAGUCUGCAACGCAUACUCUGUUGCGCAUGUCGAUGGACUGUUUCCUGAUUUGCAAUCUUGACGUUUUGGUGAAAUAUGAAGACGCUGUUCAGUGUCUCGCUGAAGCUAUUCCAAACUGCUCCUGGGAUUCAUUUUGUCUCGAACUAUCUACCUCGUUGUCCGCUGGAAUUAAAAACCAGAACAUUCGAGCCAAUGCUCUCCUUGGUCUCCCGCUCAGCAGCGCGAGAAUCCACGACCUCAGACGAAGAUUGGCCACUGUCUUCCUCUUCGGCGACACGGCUCUAGCCCGCCACAAUCCGGCAGACAUUCUGGCCAUCAAAGACUUUAUCAAUCUUCUCGAUGGUGACGACUACACGAUCAACCUGGAUACCGACUUUGCGGAACUCAAGUCCCGCAUCAUUCUCUUCGACAUAGCGAUCGACGACGGAUGUGUUGUCGAUUUCGAUGAUGGCGAGAACGAGAAGCAUUUCAACGACGAUGUGGACAAGCUGGCCUCAAAGCUGGGCGAGAUUUGGAGAAAGAUUAACGAUUCCGGCAUGAAGCUGGCGCGCACAGAAACCAAAAGCGUGGUCGAGUGGGUUCAGCAGCGGCUUUCCCACGCGGUUCGUACACGAAGAAAGGCCAAGAAAAGUGUCUUUGACAUUGGCAUUCAGGGGGAGGAUCCAUUUGUGCUGCGGCAGCAGCAAGACUACAUGAAGAAGUUUCUGCAGCCAAAGUGA